CUGGACUUAUCCGUGAUUCUGAAUUCUGAUUACCUACAUUACUGAUUAGUCAACUCGUUAGAGUAAAAGUGUUCUGUGUUAGUCAAGUUGUGAAAUGUGAACUACAAACUUUGAAUGACUGCUCACUGAAUGUUGUGAAAUAGUAUAACUUGGAAAAUAAUAUUAAAACCUAGUUGCUAAAAAUAUUUAUGGUAAAAUGGAGGAUAUGGCACGUUUAGCUCUAGUGGAACAGGGUUUAAAAGUCGCGCAAAACUUCGGCUCUGUUUUAUGCGAACUUUUGCAUAAUAUAGAUGAUAUCCUAGAAUACCCAUACAAUAAUGAAUUUAGAACAUUGAAAAGUGAUAUUAUAAAAGAUAGCCUCAAUUGCGAAGCUUUUAAAGAGUACUUAAAAUAUAUUGGGUUCCAAGCAAAACAAUCAGGAGAAUUUAUAUAUCCUAAAGAAGAAUGUAUAAGUAAACUUAGACAAGCCAAGGAAGCAAUAGAAAGGAAAAUCAGUUUGUGCUGUGAUCCUCAGACAUAUACAAAAAUAAAAAUAAUACCUAAAUCAAAGAAAGGAACAGUGGACUGCUCCCUUAAACCUGUUUAUGUGUUGAAAACAAAUAAUAAACUACUCCAUCAUGUGCAACACUUGUUUAACGAUGUUCUUAAGUAUGAAGAUAAAAAACUACAGCAAAAAGCCAGAGAUUUGGUUCCUUUAGUCACUUUAAAGCUGAGAGCUUUGGAGCGAAUGAGAGCACACCAAAAGAAAAUAAAACUUGGUGAAACAAAAGAACACGAUAUGACAUUUGAGACAGCUCUGCUGUUAGAGCUAAUGGGCUGGUUCAAGCAUCGGUUCUUCAGAUGGGUCAACGCGCCGCCCUGCAAUGAUUGCGGCGAAGUCACGGAGUUUCUACAUAUCACGCAAUUCUACUGGAAAUCAGAAGUUUGUGACAGUGAGGUAUACAACUGCACGCAAUGCGGCAAACAGACUGACUUUAUUCGGUAUAAUGACUUGGACACGUUGCUGUUGGAGCGGCAGGGCCGCUGCGGCGAGUGGGCCAACACCUUUACAUUGUUCUGCCGCGCGCUUGGCUACGAGACGCGGUUCGUGUACGACACGACCGACCACGUGUGGUGUGAGGUGCUGGAUAUUGAGAGGAACAACUGGGUGCACGUGGACCCCUGCGAGGGUGCGCUCAACACCCCGCUGUUGUACUGCCACGGCUGGGCCAAGCCACUCAGUUACGUCAUCGCGGUAUCUCGGGAUGACGUGCAGGACGUCACCUGGAAGUACACAACAAACCACAAGGAGGUGCUAAAACGUCGGAGACUAUGUCGCGAGGAGGAUUUGAUAUACUUACUACUUGAACUGCGCGAGAGAAGACACGCGCAGCUGUCUCCUGCACGGAGGAAGUACCUGGCAGCUAGGACUGUUAGAGAACUUGUAGAUAUGAUGGUCGAGAGAAAGCCAAGCGAUUACGAAUCAAUGGGGCGAAUAUCUGGAUCCAAAGAAUGGCGGAUGCAGCGAGGAGAAAUGGGUUCCAAAGCAGGUCAUGUCUUCCAGUUUGACACUCCUGGGAAGCAAACGGUUCAGUAUUACAGCACGUCCGAUUUAUACCGGGUGUACCACAACGACGUUGAGGCGAAGAGUAUUAGCAAGUGGGAAAAUGGCGUCUUUGAUUAUGAGAAUGUGUUUAGAAAAGUGGAAGAUGAUUGGCGAAAAGUUUAUAUUGCAAGGGAUGAGGGCACGAAUGUAGGAUCAAUAACAUGGAAGUUAUCUGUCAAUGGUGAUUUCGUGUUUACUAAGGUGGCAAUAAAGUUAACCGCAGCUGUUUUUGAGACUGGCAGAAUUAUUUGGACAAUUGAGUAUGAUGACCAAGACCCGAUUGUGGUGCAUUUGGGAGAGAUGAGCAACGAGUUUGUAACUCGCUUUAAGGAAAUGAAGUUAACAGCCCGUUUGGUGUGUGGUGAAGGAGACUUAGCUUGGCAACACGCCCAACUGUUUAGACAAUCGCUGGACCAAGACUCGUGCAUGUUGGAAAUAGUCACCCACAUGGAACCUAGUUUAUUCAAUUACUAAAAGAAAAAAUCGUGUUCGUAUACUUCCGUUGGAGUAUAUCAAGUUGUUUGAAGAUUUAGCUAGUACAUACCUUUCGUACACAUUCCGGUACUUUCAAUGUUAAUGGCUACGUAUAUAUUUAGUUCAUCUUUUAUUUCACUUUUGAAAUACCUAUUGUUUUAAAUACAUAAAUUGUUGUCAAGCCGACAUAAUCAACAGCUGGUAGGGGAGACCGGGGAUGGUAGACUAACUUUUGACUUAAGCUCUUAUAUCUCUGAUGUUUAAGUGAAUUUAUCAAAAUCAACAGUUGCUACAGAUAGAUGAACUAUUCUGGUACCUAAAAUACUAAUUAGUCGUUUUUCUAAACCCCCUGACACUUUGUCAACCUACCCCAUAUCCGGGGUAAGUUGGACAUACGCAUGGGGUAGGUUGACCUAGGCAGUAAUUCAUGUAAAUCAAGAGGUUUAGUGUAAAAUUAAACAUUCAAAUGUACUAAAUGAAAGAAAAUUAUUAUUAAAUUAUAAACAAACUUUAAUUUGAGAUACAUUCCUGGGAAGAACUAAUACAGGUGUCUUAAACUAUUAAAAAAAAACUUAAAUUAACAAUAAGUAUGAUUAAUUUUUGUACUUUUUUACCAGUACUUUCACUAGCUGCGGCGGUCUUCAGACCGAAACACACUACACUGUACACUAUACUGUAUACACAUUCAAGGCAGAAAUAUGCCCUAUUGUGGUACCCAUAAUCUAGCCGGCAUCCUGUGCAAAGGAGCCUCCCACUGGUAUAUUUGGCACAUGGGCUGUUGUGAGUCCCGUCUCAUCAACAUUCCAAAUAUCACCUGUGCUUAGGUUUAAUAGUUCGUAAAUUGUUUUCAAGUUAAAAAAAACUCACAUUUUUUGUUGAACUGAGGCUUGUAGCUUGAGGUAAUCUUAUUGAUAAGGGGAUGACGUUUUAAAAAAUUGCCAAGCGUAUCAUCGCCAGCCAUUAAUUUUGUAUUCGAAGAUUCAGGCAUAGUUUUAUUAUUGUUUUUUGCGUAUUCGAAUGCAAACUUCCGUGUCUUAUGCUGUGUUAAUCCAUAAUAAAUGUCGGCAGCCGUCUUCCAGUUUAUUUUCUUCGAGAUCGCUAAAUAUCUGCUUAUUUUUUAUGUACCCCGCCGUGUCCAGGGUCAAUCAGCUCUACUGAGAUUAGGAUUAUUUUUUGGAUGUAACGUUUUGUAUGGCAUUUGAUAUUUCUUUGAUGUGGCGUUUAUGCUAUUAUUAUCGAAGAUUACUGCGCGGCAAGCUCUUUCUAGAAUGUCUUUUGGACCAUCACCCGUUUCAGAUUUUCUUUUGUACGCCAUCAUUUUCUGUAAAAAUACAAUUAGUUUAGUAUAAAAUAGUUUUAUAAUUGCUGAUGCAUACUAACCAUUAUCCAACACAAAUAUUUCAAAUAAGUAUAAAAUGUUUGACUAAUUAGUCUACCUACCCUGAAAAAAUAGUCAAUCAUUCCUUGACGCCAUUUCGAAUUUUACUGCGUUUCAUAUGCAAACUCUGGCAUUAAGAAGCAAUACUGUGUAAUAUAGAAUAAAACUAUCAUAUUUACAUUUGUCACAACAACAACAUUGGUUCUAACAGAUCAAUGGGCACAAUAACAAAAAAAGUGUGAACGAAAUAACUUACGCCGCGCGACUGCGGUGGCGUACUUCGCACAAGUUAGCGGGUCGGAGAGUUGAAUCGACGAUCGUGAUUGGUUAAUGCAAAACACGUGAAGGUGGCGAGUUAGAAGGUGGUUAGUCUACUUGCCCCUAUAGCCAACCAUCCCCGGUCUCCCCUACUGGUAAUAUAUUUGUGAAACGGCAAUUUAUAUUUUAGGUACAAAUAAAGUAAUAUAUUAACA